AUGCGUGAAAUCGUGCACCUCCAAACUGGCCAAUGCGGCAACCAAAUCGGCAGCGCCUUUUGGCAGACCAUUUCUGCCGAGCAUGGCCUUGACAGCAGCGGUGCCUAUCACGGCACUUCGGACGCCCAGCUCGAACGCAUGGACGUCUAUUUCAACGAGGCUUCUGAUCGCUAUGUGCCCCGCGCGGUCCUCAUCGACCUCGAGCCCGGCACCAUGGACGCCGUCCGCGCCGGGCCCCUCGGCCAGCUCUUCCGCCCCGACAACUUUGUCUUUGGCCAGUCGGGCGCCGGCAACAACUGGGCCAAGGGCCACUACACCGAGGGCGCCGAGCUCGUCGACGAGGUGCUCGACUGCGUGCGCCGCGAGGCCGAGGGCUGCGAGUGCCUGCAGGGCUUCCAGAUCACGCACUCGCUCGGCGGCGGCACCGGCUCCGGCAUGGGCACCCUGCUCAUCGCCAAGAUCCGCGAGGAGUUCCCCGACCGCAUGAUGGCGACGUACUCGGUCGUGCCCUCGCCCGGCAACUCGGACACGGUCGUCGAGCCGUACAACGCCACGCUCUCGGUUCACCAGCUCGUCGAGAACUCGGACGAGACGUUUUGCAUCGACAACCAGGCGCUCUACGACAUUUGCUCCCGCACCCUCAAGCUCUCGGAGCCGUCGUACGGCGACCUCAACCACCUGGUCUCGGUCGUCAUGUCGGGCAUCACGACCUGCCUGCGCUUCCCCGGCCAGCUCAACUCGGACCUGCGCAAGAUGGCCGUCAACCUGGUGCCCUUUCCCCGCCUGCACUUCUUCACCGUCGGCUUCGCGCCCCUCACCGGCCGCGGCUCGCACUCGUUCCGCGCCGUGUCGGUGCCUGAGCUGACGCAGCAAAUGUUUGACCCCAAGAACAUGAUGGCCGCCUCCGACUUCCGCAACGGCCGCUUCCUGACCUGCUGCGCCAUCUUCCGUGGACGCGUCGCGAUGAAGGAAGUCGAGGACCAGAUGCGCAAGAUCCAGAACAAAAACUCUCACUACUUUGUCGACUGGAUCUCCAACAACAUCCAAAACGCCCUCUGCGCUGUGCCUCCUCGUGGCUUGAAAAUGUCCUCGACCUUCAUCGGCAACUCGACCUCGAUUCAGGACAUUUUCAAGCGCAUCGACGUCCAGUUCUCCGCCAUGUUCAGACGCAAGGCCUUCUUGCAUUGGUACACUGGCGAAGGUAUGGAUGAGAUGGAAUUCACCGAGGCUGAAUCCAACAUGAAGGAUCUCAUCUCCGAGUAUCAGCAGUAUCAGGAUGCGAGCAUCGAUGAUGACGACGAUGAGGAGUACGAGGAGGACCUUCCCCUGGAGGAAGAGGUGCAGCUGUAA